UUAUCGAAUCUGCUAAACGUCGGAGAUUCAUCUAAACAAGAUGGCGACCUCUGGUAAACAGUACGGGCUCAUUUUGCCCCAGAAGAGUAAAUCAAAAUCAGUCCCUGUCGUCCGCCCGUCUGUGUUUGGAGAUGAUUCUGAUGAUGAGACCUCUGUUGCGGAGAGCUUGCAGAAGGAGGCAGUCAAGAAGAAGAUGAUGAAGCAGACCCGCCUUGAGAUGCAAAAGGCACUUGAGGAGGACAGCACUGUGUAUGAAUAUGACAAUGUGUAUGAUGAUAUACAGAAGCAGAGACUGGAGAGCAAUAAGAAAAUGCUUGGUGGAAAAGACCGCAAGCCCAAGUACAUAAACCAGUUGAUCCGUGCGGUGGAAGAGAGGAAAAAGGAACAAGAGCGACGUGACGAGAAGAAGAUCCAGAAGGAAAGAGAAGCGGAGGGCGAGAAGUUUGCAGAUAAAGAAGCAUUUGUCACAUCAGCAUAUCGACAGAAACUUAAAGAAAGACAGGAGGAGUUGGAAAAGGAGAGGAGAGAAGCAGAGUUGGAAGCUGCCUUGGAUGUUAAGAAGCAGAAGGAUCUCAGUGGAUUUUAUAGACAUCUUCUCAAUCAGACAGUUGGAGAGGAGGCAGUGCCUGAUCGUACUGCACAAAGAGAGGAGAAAGCUACAGGUUCUGCAGCAACAGAAAGGUCACCAACACGAGAAUCCCCACCAAAACAGAGAGAGAGUGAGGCUGACUCCCACAGUGAUGAGGACCAGAGUGACAAGAAGGCAGAGUUCACCAAGAGCGCUACAAAAAGUAACCAAUCAAAACGGCAAUACAGACAAAAGUCUCCUGUUUCAGACAGCGGGGAUGAGAGAGAGAGGGAAAGAAAAGAGGCCAAAGAAAGAAGUCACAAAGAAACAGGAAGGGAUAGGGGAAAGGAAAAAGAGAAAAUGAGAGACAGAGAGAGAGUAGACAAGUACAGUCACAGAAAAGAGGACAGGGACCGCAGAAGAGACAGGGAACGAGAUGGUGGGAGAGAAGAGGACAGAAGCCGAGACAGGAAGAAAGAAGAAAUAGCCCGAGACAAAAAGAAAGAAGAGGGCAGAGGCCGAGACAGGAGGGAAAGGGACAGAGAUAAAGAAGACAGACAUGGUAAAAAAGACAGAAGAGACAGCAGUCCUAAAGACAGAGAACACGACAGAAAAGGAGAGCAGGAGCGAGACAGACAGGAAAACAGCCCAAAAGACAGAGAACAGGAUCAGAAAGGAGAACAGGAGCUGGACAAAGAUGGACACAAGGACAGAGAUAGCCAUAAAAUGGACAACAAAAGGAAAAACAGGGAUGAAGAAAAAACGAGAGCGAAAAAGACUGAGAGUGAUAAGGAGAAAGAGAAGUCUGUGGAAGCUGAAAAUAAAAGUGACACACAACAAGAGCUUAGUAAAUUUGCAAAACGCAGCUGUGAACAGACUGUAAAUUCAGCCAGGGACAGAUACCUGGCCCGGCAGCUUGCCCGUUCUGCCGUAAAACCCUAUGUGGAAAAAGAGGAGGACUAGAAAAUUAGUUGAGCUAUGUGUCUCACCCCUUAUGCACCUUGUGUCGACCUCUCAAGACAGGAUGUAACCGUCCACUGGCGAGUGUUGUGCAAAGAAUUGAAUAUGCCUGCUUCGCUCACUGCGCGCCAUUGGGCAUGUAUGGAAAGGGUUUAAUCAAGGCAAUUAAUUGGAAUGCUUGAGGCUAAAUUUAUGUUUAUAAAUCCAUAGCUAGUGGGCACAUUUUGUGGGAAGUUUACCAGGUGUGUUUUUUUGUGUGUGUGGAAAUUUCACUCAUAUCUACAAAAUGUUUUGUGUUAAUAAAUGAAAAUAUGUUGCUAAUCAUGGCACAACUUCUUGGUUA